CCUGCCGGGCGGCGGCGCCCGCGCCGCGGCCCUGGCGGCGGGUGCCGCGGCGCUGUGGCUGGCCGGGGGGCUGCAGCUGGCCAGGGACCUGUGCGCGCAGGGGCGGGUGAAGGGGGCGCCAGCGCCGCUGGUGACGGCCUGGGAGUCGCUCGAGGCGAUUCGCCUGGCCUCGCCCCUGGGCGCGGCCCUGGCGACAGAGCCAGCCGCGUGCCCGCACCCCGAGGGCGGGGCCACCGUGGCCGUGCAGGGGCUGCUGCCGGAGAGCACAGACAGCACCGGGCGCCCGGAGACCGCCAAGUGGCACUACCUCAGCUCGCGCCACCUGCCCGGCUCCGACGAGCGGAGGCCGGCGUGGCUGCAGCCGUACACGCCCAGGCUCGACCGCGAGCUGUGGCGGCUGGCCCAGAAGCCCCAGGCCGACGGGAAGGUGCCCGCCUGGCUCCACCGCCUGGCCGCGGCGGUGGCCCUGCGGCAGGGCGGCGCGGCGCAGCUCAGCGCGGGGCCGUGGCAGGGCGUGAUGGCCGACCUGUACGGCAAGCACUCCGAGUACAGCGCGGCGGUGACGCCCCUGCCGGCCGUGAGGAUCGUGCGGCUGAGGCACACGCUCGUGCAGGACGUUCACUCCAACAAGUGGUGGAACGCCACCGUCGCCAAGGUCGCCAAGACGAUGGGGCCCGAGAGCGAGGAGCUCGCCCGCACCAUGUCCAAGCUCGCGGCAUGCACUCCGGCCCCCUGGGCGGAGAUGCCGCUCGCGGAGGCCCUCCUGGCCGCGAUCGUGGCGGCCCUCCUGUGGAAGCUGGUGGUGCAGGGCGCGCCGUGAUGAGCCCCGCAGGGGGGGGUCCCUCGGCGGCGGGCGCCGGGCGGCGCGCAGCGCUCAACUGCACGCAAGAGUGGCCCUUCGCCACAGGGCGGGCGCCUGCGUGGCGAGCGGCUCCGUUGCUGCUUUCUCGUCCCCUAUUUCAGCAGCCCGGCUGUAGCAGCGGCCUGCCCGUUUAGGUUUGGUCUUCUCGCUCGGUGGGGAUUCGGGGUCUCCGCACGGUUUUGGGACUCGGGCCGUUCUCCGAGGACGUCUCGGGCGACUGGGGCCUCCGGGGUCCCAAGGCCGUGCGCUGACGGGCCGUGCGGUGAGGCCUGAGGGGGCCCGUCGCCGCACCGUUGCGGGACUCCACGCUGGCGAGAAAGCGACGGAAGUGCGUCCGUCGUGGCAGCGCUUGGCAGACAGUGGGGAGCUCCGGGCCCCGCGUGCGGCCGAGGCCACGCUCCGGCACAGCGGGCGUGCUGCUGCGGGCUCUCGGAGGCCGUCUUCGCUUGCAGACUCCAGCAGUCAGUCGGGCC